GCUGGGGCGAGAUUUUGUCCAUCUCAGGGCAAUCCUCAAGUCUACUCCUGGGUUUGAAUCUACCCUUGUUAUUGGACCCGACGUAACAGCCAUCUCGGGACCGAAAUCAAUUCUGUUUAAAACUUUCUUUGAAAGCAACGGAAGAAAAGCGCUCGACAAGAUAACCUUCCACCAUUACUACGGCUUCGAAGGCAAUGUCAAAGUGGAGACCUUCAUCGACCCAAAAGUGAUGGACAGCCUGAUAACAUUCAUUGAUAUUGUACGUAACGUCACCACCCCUGCCGACCCCAACACUCCAUUGUUGCUUGGUGAGACAUCGUCUUUCUCGGGAGGGGGAGCCCCUGGACUAUCUGACAGAUAUGUAGCCGGCUUUCUAUGGUUAGACAAGCUUGGGAUUGCUGCACGGAUCGGACUUAAAGGGGUGUUAAGACAAUCGUACUAUGGGCAAAACUAUUCUCUCAUCGAGAUGAACACGUUUGAACCCUAUCCGGACUAUUAUCUGACGGUGCUCUACAAGAGGCUGGUUGGGUACAAGGUGUUAUCUGUACAGACCAACUCAACCAACAGUUUCAGAGUCUACGCCCACUGUGCAAAACAGGACAGUCUCUACAACUACAAGCCAGGUAGUGUCGUUGUCUACAUCAUCAACGUCAACAACUACACCACCGUCGUCACCUUCCCACAAUUCAAAACCAAUAUGGAUGUCUUCUGGCUUCAACCAGAGUUCCCAGACCUUACUUCAAGGAAUGUCACUUUAAAUAGUGAACGGCUGGAUUAUGUGAACAACACCCUCCCCGAAAUGCCGCCUAAACGAGCGUAUGGUGGGAGCCUCAAUAUCCCAGCAAACACCUUCGGGUUCGUUGUGUUCCCUGAUGCCGAUGUUAAUAUCUGCAUGUGAUACUGAAUGUCAUGUGUUGUAAUGUGUACCAAACAAAGUUUCAUUAUAAAGUU